AUGGCUCCAACUAACGUAACCAAGAAACCUUCUCAAUACAAGCAAUCUUCAAGAAAGGGUAAGAAAGCAUGGAGAAAGAAUAUUGAUAUUUCUGAAGUCGAACAAUAUAUGGAAAAAAAGAUUGACCAUGAGGUUACACAUGGUACCGGUGACAUAACCUCUUUACAAAAUGAUGCUCUUUUCAAAGUCGAUAUUGAAGGUGAUAACAUAUUGAAAAAGAAUCUGAUCAAAAGAAAUCAGAUCAAGAAAAGUUUGAAAAGUAAAGAAAUUUUAGACGCCGUCAAGACUAACUCAAAAAUUCCGGUGCUGAAACACCACAAGAGUGGUAAUGAUGAAAAAUCUAACAAGAUUCAAGGCGUUUCGAAACAUGAGCUAAAAAAAUUAAUGGCUUUGGCCGGCAGAGUACAUGGCGAGUCAAAGAUUAAGAACAGGGUUGCCAAAGACGGUCUAAUUAAAUCAACCGCUGGCGAUUUGUGGGGUAACGAAUCCGAUUCGAAGAAGCAAAAGGUCAAGCUGCCUUCUGGUAUCGAGCUUGAUGUGAAAGGAAAAGACAAGAUACCCGAGGAACUAUUGAAAAAAUCCACCACAGGUUGGUCCGUCGCUUCAGUCAGGCCAGAAACUUUGGAUAUGGAACCAAUUGCAGUUAAAGAAUUCACGGAGCUUCCACAUGCUGGCAAAUCGUAUAAUCCUAACAGCGAAGUUUGGUCAGAAUUGAUAGACAAGGAGUACAAAAAUGAAAAAGUAAGAGAAGAUGAAAGAAUCGCUUUGGAAGAAUACAAAGAAAGGAUCAGACAUUUGAUGGAAACUCUGGAGGACAACGAAGAGGAAGAAUCUUCAUCUGGCGAAGAACAAGGAGGAGAAGACAAUAAAGACGAGCAAGGUAAUGUUUCCGAUGACAAUGAAAUAAAACUAUCAGUAAAUGAACCUGUCAGGAAUAAGAAGAAAACGAAAUACCAGAGAAACAAGGCAAAGAAACACGAAGAGAAAGUCAAAUUGCAAAAAGAAUUGAAGAAAUUGAGGGGGCGUGUUAAAGAUUUAGAAAAUGUUAUUGGUUUCGAAGACAUUGAAAGAAUUCCAGCCACAGAGUCUGAAAAUGUUGAUAAAGUCAAGAAAAGUAAGAAAAGUAAGAAGCACAGAUUAGGAACAAAAUAUUCUGUGAUUGACGAAAGAUUGGAAGUUAAAUUUUCUGAUGAAUUAUCAGACUCAUUAAGAAAAUUGAGACCUGAAGGAAACCUUUUAUAUGAUACUGUCAGGAAAUUACAAAGUUCUGGUAAGAUUGAAUCCAGAGUACCGGUCAAGAGAGGCAGAAGAUAUAAGCAAAAAAUUACUGAAAAGUGGACACACAAGGAUUUUAAAUAA